GCGUCAUCGGCCAACAUCACUACGAGCCUCACACAUUGUCUGAUAUCCAUGUCGCAUUCAAUCCCUUCAUCAGAACGGCCAUGGGAUUCUAGUAAGUCGUGUUUGUGGUUCCUUGCAAGAGUGAGCAACGGCGUGUCCCCAGUAUCACCCAUAGAAUCCUGGCUCGAAGCCAGCAUCAACGCUUCAAGAUUGUCAAAUCAUACCAAGUCUAUUCCCAUCCCUCUCUCUUGAGCACACCAUCGCAGGUGAAACAGUUUGUGGUUUGGGCAAGCAUUCCGACUUGAUUGUCUUGGCGACUGCCUGGAUGCUACCUAUCUAGGUAGGUACAACCGUCUUUGAAUCUAUGCAAUAGUCUUCCAAAUUCAAUUCUCCCCGCUUCAAGUACCCUCGCUUUUCACUUUGAGAACUCUGCUACAACAAAGCUUUCUGUUUGAAAUACCACAUCAUGUCUCCCAACGACUCUAACAUUAGAUCUUACUUUGUGUCCAAGGAAGGAAUCAAACCUAGGACAAAAGCCAGAGAAAUCGACGAAGGAUCAAUUGAUCGACCGCCAAUGUCGACUGCUACAAAGCCACAAGACAAAGGCAAACGCAAGAGGAAACUAUCAGGAUCCUCAUCCCCAGUACUCGAGAAGCGACGAGAUACGGGGCUCUCAGAGGACGAUACACCACCGCGCCACUUCUCGCACAAAGACUGCUCUUCAUACCAGUUGCCCCCAUCAUCACUCUUGUCUGAGAUGCCCAAUACCACUCUCAUCCUCACCCAUCACACCGGAAACAUCUUCGCCGCUCCCCCACAUACUUUGCUAAUACACGCUUGCAAUACCCAAGGCGCCUGGGGCAGUGGGAUAGCCAAAGCCUUUAAAGUCGAGUAUCCAAAAGCCUACGCAAUAUAUCAUGCCUUCUGCACGAAAGAGCACCUUUUGAAGUCUCGACCUGUUCCCACUGGCACCGCCCUUUUAAUUCCGCCUGUUGAUGCUGGACACCAGCACUGGAUCGGUUGCCUGUUCACAAGCGCAAAGUACGGAAAGGGCAAGGACAAGCCAGAUGUUAUUGUUGGGAAUACCAAGCCAGCUAUGGAAAUGUUGCUGGAGCUGGCGAAGAUGGCGGGUGAGAUCGAAAGUGUCAGGAUGUGCAAAAUCAAUAGCGGGAAAUUCGGAGUCGAGUGGGAGCGGACGGUGGGAGUACUGGAGAGAAUUGUAGUGAGGGACGACUGGAAGGCUACUGUGGAGGUUUGGGACCCGGACACGGAAUUGAAGGAGUAGAAGGCUGACGAGGGAGUUGAAGAAAGUAUGAGACACAUGCGAGCAGAAGCAGAGGGACAAUCUAAUCUGGGGUGUAGCAGAAUUGGAACAUCCCGCUUUGCUCAGAAGUAAUGUAUACAACUUCACAU